CGGGCGCGGCGCUCCGGGCCGGGCGCGGCACCAUGCGCGGCGGGGGCUGGCGGCGCCUCGGCACCGCCCUGCUGGCCCUGGGAGCUGGGGCCUGGUUCCGAGCCGGUCCUGGACAGCUCCGAGCGUUCUUCCUGCACACGGAGCACGAGCAGCGGAGGGCGCACACGGUGCUGCAAGCCGACAUGAAGGUGGAGCUGCUGCCAGCCCUCACAGACAACUACAUGUACCUGCUGAUCGAUGAGGAGAGCAGGGAGGCUGCCAUCGUUGACCCUGUGCAGCCCCAGAAGGUGCUGGAUGCAGUCAAGAAGCACGGUGUGAAGCUGACCACUGUCCUCACCACUCACCAUCACUGGGACCACGCGGGAGGCAACGAGAAGCUGGCGAAGCUGGAGGCAGGGCUGCGGGUGUACGGAGGGGACAGCAGGGUGGGAGCACUGACACAGAAGGUGUCCCACCUCACCUCACUCAAGGUGGGCUCCCUUCAGGUGAAAUGCCUCAGCACACCGUGUCACACAUCUGGGCACAUCUGCUACUAUGUGACUAAGCCAAACAGCUCUGAGCCACCUGCAGUGUUCACAGGGGACACCCUGUUUGUGGCUGGCUGUGGGAAGUUCUUCGAGGGGACCCCAGAGGAGAUGUACAGAGCACUGAUUGAGGUGCUGGGCAGCCUGGACCCCCGGACGAGGGUUUACUGUGGCCAUGAGUACACCAUCAACAACCUCAAGUUUGCUCGGCACGUGGAGCCCCAGAACGCUGCUGUCCAGGAGAAGCUUGCUUGGGCCAAGGCCAAGUAUGACAGUGGGGAGCCAACCAUUCCCUCCACCAUCGCAGAGGAGUUCACCUACAACCCCUUCAUGAGAGUGAGGGAGAAGACGGUGCAGGAGCACGCGGGGGAGAGCGACCCCGUCCGGACCAUGGGAGCCAUCCGCAAGGAGAAGGACAACUUCCGAGUGCCCAAGGACUGAGCGCCCUGCCUGGCUCUCUCCUGCCCCGCAGCUCCCCGUAGGCUCCUCAGAUGUCUCGGCAGCCCAACCUCCUGGCCUGGCCGAGGCAGUUCAGUCCUCCUUAGGUUUUGGUGUUCAUGCAGGAUAAAUCCCAAAGCACUUUGCCCUCCUUGGGCUCCCCCCAGCAUAUUU